AUGGUUACCUAUUUUCUCGGUGUAUCUCACAAAUUUCAUGUUAGGUGUGAUUAUUUCAAAAGGUUAUUUGUACUACAACCAUUGAGAACAGCACAGACAAAGCGAUUAAAGGAACUUUCUUCAGAGGAUCCAAACUGUUCUGAAAAAUCUACAGAUGUCAUUAAAUCAAAAGAUUUACUCAGUAGUUUUAUUAAAGGUGGUAAAAAAGCGAAAAGUCAAAGUCAUUCUGAACGACAUAGUGAAAUGUUAACAACAGCCAUGUCUUCAUUUGUAAAUCUUCCUCAACCAAUUGAUUUAAAACUCUUUGAUGUAGAGCAUUUAACAUCUGGUGAUGCUUACAUAUCAUUAAACCCAGUGUUUGAUACUGUUGAGAGUUUAGAAGCCUCCCUUAUAAGUACAGCAUGUCCAAGUAAUCAAUUUGAAGAAUGGUUAAAGUGGACUAUUGAAAAGAAAAUGUGGAAUUUCCCGAUAAAUAAUGAACAAGACUGGUUAGAAGAAUCCAAUGUACCAUUCCAUGAACACGUAUUUCUAGAAGAUCAUUUGAAUAAAGAACAUUUAAAGUGUAAACCAUUAGCUUCAUUUCUAGAACUUGUAUGCAAUGGUCUUUCACAAAAUCCUCAUAUCACUGUUACCGAGAAACGACAACACUUAGAUUGGUUUUCAAAGUUUUUCGAUGAUAAAAUCUCACGAAUUAAUGCUUCUGUACGUCAUGAAGAGUAUAUGACUGAUUUGGAAAAAGUAUCCAAAACAAAUUCCCCAUAA